AUGACCAAUAUUGACAAAGAGCUUGUGGACGCUGCUGAUCGGGUGCUGCGAUCAGUAUGCAUCGAUAUCUUGACGACAACACCGGGAGAAUACUCUGUCAUAGAUACAUUUGCCUUGGAUCCAGAAAAUGUGAAAAUAGAUCCACUGUCCUUGCUUGAUAACCUCAUUCAUCCGAGUGAGCCUGCGACAUGGCUUUCUCCAGUUGUAGACUCGAAUGGCAAAAUUACCGAUGUGGUUGAAUACAUUAGAGAUGAUGACGAGUUCGGUGCCGCCUCUGUGUCCAUGUCCCUUAACAGAUCGCCCGCGGUAGACUCGACUAGCAUUCGGGGCUCUUCUAGCAAUGUGCCAUUCUAUCCAGGUGGUUUUGACAGCGCAUUUGGCAACGUCAUGGCUUUUGCAAGAGAUGAGGACAAUCAGGAGUCUGACGAAAAGGAGUUUUUCAGAGAAGAGGCCCUCUUAACAUGUGCGCCUGGGAUGCCUGGUGGUCUUAGUUUUUCAAAACCCAAGCAAACUUCUACGGAAGCUGCCAAGCCCGAUAAUACUCCAACUGUUGAUGGAAACAUAGACUUUGACUCGACUGAUCUAUUUGAACUCAUGGAUUUCGUAGGCGGAGGUUCUCCUUUGGUAAUCCCAACGGAAAGCUCCGGCCCUGAAGUUCAGAUAGACUCAGCGCCAAAAGCUGAAGUAAUACCCGAUGGAACUGAUUCUAGUGUUACGGAAGAAAUUGAGGAGGCUUUGGUAACCCCGCUACCGAAACCAGCGCUCAAAUUUGUUCCUCCUGAACGAUUUGCUUAUGCAAAACAGCUCGAUCCUGCCUCGUGCGAAGCAGAAUACAGAGCACUGGUACCAAAUAUGGCCAAAAAGGUGGACUUUCGAGUUUUUAUAAGUUAUGGGAUGGGCUAG